CACUGUUAGGCAGCACUGAUAGGCAGCACUGAUGCACACUGAUAGGCGGCACUGACUGGCAUUGAUAGGUGGCACUAACUGACACUGAUGGGUGACACUGAAAGGCAGCUCAGAUGGGCACUGAUAUAUGGCAUUGAUGUGCACUGGUAGGCACUGAAAUGUGGCAUUGAUGUGGCACUGAUGGGCACUGGCAGGUGGCAUUGCUGGGGCUACACAGAUCAUCAGGGCACACUGAUCAUCAGUGCCAUGAUGAUCACUGUCAGCGUGACAGCUUGUGAGGAGAGAAAUGCCAAUAAAUGGCAUUUCCCUAUUUACAUGCAAUUAGCUGUGAUUGGA